AAUACCACCAAAUCAUAGCUUUUCUUCAAGAUUUACCAUCAUAAUCCCAUCAUUAGACAAUAUUCUCAGUCACGAUGGUGUGGAAAUUUCGCACUACGAAACCCUUUUCUCAUCCUUUCCUCUCGUCUUCUUCCUCAACAACUCUACUGUUUUCCGCUUCUGUUUUGCUUUUUUUUAUCACUUGUAUUACUACUACUACUACUACUGAAGCAGCUAUAAGCCUACCGAAAAACAUAACGAUUCCGGCGGUGAUCGUGUUCGGAGAUUCGAUCGUGGAUCAAGGGAACAACAACGAUAUUGAGACACUGAUUAAAUGCAAUUUCCCUCCGUAUGGGAAGGACUUCAUGGGUGGGAAACCUACUGGAAGGUUUAGCAAUGGAAAGACUCCCGCAGACAUGGUGGCUGAAGAAUUUGGAAUUAAAGAGCUAAUACCAGCAUAUCUUGAUCCAAAUUUGCAAGAUAAGGAUCUUCCCACUGGUGUAAGCUUUGCCUCUGGAGCCACUGGAUUUGAUCCCCAAACACCUGUCAUUGUGUCAGUUAUUUCAUUAGAUGAGCAAAUGAAAAUGUUCAAAGAGUACAUUGGGAGGUUGAAAGGAAUGGUUGGAGAAGAGAGAACAAACUUCAUACUAACGAACAGCCUAUAUUUAGUGAUAGCGGGUAGUGACGAUCUUGCCAAUACCUAUUUCACGAUCGGUAUCAGGAGAUUGCAGUACGAUGUUAAUUCUUACACCGAUCUUAUGGUCAGAGGGGCUUCCAAUUUCGUCAAGGAACUGCAUGAGUUGGGGGCGAAAAGAAUUGGCGUUUUUGGUGCUGCCCCGAUCGGGUGUUUGCCGUCACAGAGAACACUAGGCGGAGGAAUACUUGUGAGACACUGCGCUGAGAAUUACAACCAGGCAGCGCAAAUGUUCAACGCCAAGGUAACGGUGGCGCUUAGUUCCCUCAAGAACAGCCUCAACGACGCCAAAGCUCGGUUGGUCUCUGUUGACAUUUAUAACCCUCUUCUUGACCUCAUCCAGAAUCAUGAGAAAUAUGGGUUUGCUGUUGCCAAUAAAGGGUGUUGUGGCACUGGAAAUAUCGAAGUGAGCAUACUAUGUAACAAAUUCAGCGAAACAUGUCCGGACCGCUCGGUGUACCUAUUCUGGGACAGUUACCAUCCAACGGAGAGAGGAUACAAGAUCAUUACGGAUCGGGUUCUUACAAAAUACCUCAACGACUUAUUAGAUUCCAGCCCAUUGUAUUUUGUUUUGUUGCAACUGUUCAACCUUUUUGUACGUAUUACUGAUGCAGUCAUAAGGUUGCCGGAAAACAUAACGAUUCCGGCGGUGCUUGUGUUCGGGGAUUCCAUUGUGGAUCAAGGAAACAACAAUGGAAUUGCUGCUACGUUAGCUAAAUCCAAUUUCCCUCCGUAUGGGAAGGACUUCAUGGGUGGAAUUCCCACCGGAAGGUUUUGCAAUGGGAAGACCCCAGCUGACUUAAUAGCUGAAGAAUUGGGAAUUAAAGAGCUUGUACCAGCAUAUCUUGAUCCAAAGUUGCAGGCCGCCGAUCUCCUCACUGGCGUAAGCUUCGCUUCAGGAGGCACUGGAUUUGAUCCUCAAACUGCUCAGGUAGCGGCAUGUUUUUCACUCGACGAUCAGUUGAAGAUGUUCAGAGAGUACAUUGGGAAGCUAAAAGGGAUUGUUGGAGAACACAGAGCAAACUUCGUCUUAACUAACAGCGUAUAUUUCGUGGUAGCAGGCAGCGAUGACCUUGCCAAUACCUAUUUUACUCUCGGUAUCAGGAAACUGCAGUACAAUAUCAAUUCCUACACUGAUUUUAUGGCCCGAUCGGCUUGCGAUUUCGUAAAGGAAAUGUAUGCAAUGGGGGCGAAAAGGAUUGCUUUUUUCGGCACUCCUCCGAUAGGGUGUUUGCCAUCGCAGAGAACGCUGGCCGGGGGAAGAAUGAGAGUGUGUGCCGAGAACUACAAUCAGGCAGCGAAGUUGUACAACACCAAGAUAAAGGCCGCCCUUAGUUCCCUCAGAAACAGCCUCAACGACGCCCGAGUCAGGAUAGUCUACAUCGACAUUUACAACCCUCUUUUCGCUCUCAUUCAGAAUCAUGAAAAAUACGGAUUUUCUAUUGUCGAUACUGGUUGUUGUGGCACGGGGAUAAUAGAGGCAGCCGUACUAUGUAACAAAUUGUCCAGAGUAUGUUCAGACGAUUCCAAGUACCUAUUUUGGGACAGUUACCAUCCCACGGAGAGAACAUACAGGGUCCUUGUCAAUAUGAUCCUUCAAAAGUACAUCAAAGACAUCCUUUGAGGUCAGUUUACCUCGCGGUUAUCCCACGGAUUAAUUCUUCUCUCUCGAUUCACCAUUCACCUCGAUUUAUACGUAAAUUAGAUUUGGCCGCCAAACUGUUCUAUAGUAGUAAUCUAUUUUUUUUCCUCUUGAUAAGGAAAACAUGUACUCUGAGCUUAAAUAUUCUGAUUUGCAGUCUGUAGAUGUGAUAUGGGCUUUUGUACCCUCACAGAAUGCAACACUCUGUAAUACAGUUGAAAUUAUGUGCUGUAAUAUCAAUGGAAAUUCUUAUACCUC